GGCUGAGGACGUCCCUGAGUUUCACGCAUGCGCGCAGUGCACAGAAGGCUUUGAAAAUGUCGGUUGCAGGUUAAAAAUGAGAAGGAAUUCAUCUCCAGGAAGCUCAAACACGACACGCCAGUUUUGUUGUCUCUGCCUAGAUACUUAAGAACUGGAGCAAGGGAUCCAAUUGUCCACCCUUCCUGCUCAGACUGUGGGGAGGAAUUCACUCGGUGAUUUUGACCAACUGGCACGCCCAUCAUUUUACACAGGAAAAAGGACAUUCACCUGCCCAGACAGUGGGAAUGGAUUCACUCGGUUAUCUCAACUAAAGGUACAUCAGCAAGUUCACACUGGACAAGGCCAUUCACCUGUUCUGUGUGUGAGAAGGGGUUCAGUCGGUCAUCCCACCUGUGGACACACCAAUCAGUUCACACCGGGCAGAGGCUGGUCUUCUGCUGAACUUCUGGGUAAGGAUUCACUCUGUCAUCUGACCUAAUGGCUCACCAGCGAGUUCACACUGGGGAGCGGCCGUUCACCUGCUCAGUCUGUGGGAAAGGAUUCACUCUGUCAUCCACCCUACUGGUACAUCAGCGAAUUCACACUGGGGAGAAGCUGUUCACCUGCUCAGACUGUGGAAAGGGAUUCACACUGUCAUCCCGCCUACUGGUACAUCAGCAAAUUCACACUGAGGAGAAGCCGUUCACCUGCUCAGUCUGUGAGAAGAGAUUUACUCAGUUAUCCAACCUACAGAGUCACCAGCGAGUUCACACUGGGGAGAAGCCAUUCACCUGCUCAGUCUGUGGGAAAGGAUUCACUCUGUCAUCCACCCUACAGAGACACCAGCGAGUUCACACUGAGGUGAAGCCAUUCACCUGCUCAGUCUGUGGGAAAGGAUUCACUCUGUCAUCCACCCUACAGAGUCACCAGCGAGUUCACACUGGGGAGAAGCCUUUCACCUGCUCAGUCUGUGGGAAAGGAUUCACUCUGUCAUCCAACCUACAGAGACACCAGCGAGUUCACACUGAGGUGAAGCCAUUCACCUGCUCAGUCUGUGGGAAAGGAUUCACUCAGUCAUCCAACCUACAGAGACACCAGCGAGUUCACACUGGGGAGAAGCCAUUCACCUGCUCAGUCUGUGGAAAAGGAUUCACUGUGUCAUCCAUCCUACUGGUACAUCAGCGAAUUCACACUGGGGAGAAGCUGUUCACCUGCUCAGACUGUGGGAAGAGAUUCACUGACUCUUCCACCCUACGGAGACACCAGCGAGUUCACACUGGGGAGAAGCCGUUCACCUGCUCAGAAUGUGGGAAGCGAUUCACUCGGUCAUCCGACCUACAGAGACACCAGCGAGUUCACAGUGGGGAGAUGCCGUUCACCUGCUCAGUGUGUGGGAAAGGAUUCACUGACUCUUCCACCCUGCAGAGACACCAGCGACUUCACACUGGGGAGAAGCCGUUCACCUGCCGAGAAUGUGGGAAGAGAUUCACUCAGUUAUCCAGCCUACAGAGACAUCAGCGAGUUCACACUGGGGAGAAGCCGUUCACCUGCUCAGAAUGUGGGAAGGGAUUCACUCAGUUAUCCAGCCUACAGAGACAUCAGCGAGUUCACACUGGGGAGAAGCCGUUCACCUGCUCAGAAUGUGGGAAGAGAUUCACUCGGUCAUCCCACCUACUUGAACACCUGCGAGUUCACACUGGGGAGAAGCCAUUCUCCUGCUCAGAAUGUGGGAAGGGAUUCACUCAGUUAUCCAACCUACAGAGACAUCAGCGAGUUCACACUGGGGAGAAGCCGUUCACCUGCUCAGAAUGUGGGGAAGGAUUCACUGAUUCAUCCAGCAGACAGAAACAUCAGCGAGUUCAUAGCAGGCAGCGGCUGUUCACCUGCUCAGACUGUGGGAAGGGAUUCACUUACUCAUCUAAUCUCAAGGUACAUCAGCGAGUUCACACUGGUGACAGGCUGUUCACCUGCUCAGUCUGUGGGAAGGGAUUCAUUCAGUCAUCCAAACUACUGAGUCAUCAGCGAGUUCACACUGGGGAGAAGCCGUUCACCUGCUCAGUCUGUGGGAAGGGAUUCACUCAGUCAUCUACCCUACUGGUACAUCAGCGAGUUCACACUGGGGAGAAGCCGUUCACCUGCUCAGAAUGUGGGAAGAGAUUCACUCGGUCAUCCCACCUACUUGAACACCUGCGAGUUCACACAGGGGAGAAGCCAUUCUCCUGCUCAGUCUGUGGGAAGGGAUUCACUCGGUCAUCUGGUCUCGAAAAACACCAGCAGGUUCACACUGGGUAGAGGCCGUUC